AAUGAAUGUCGAAGCACAUGGCCUCAUGUAAAUAUAACCUCAAAAAACCUGGGACGACCUGGAAGUGCCGUCUAAUAAUUGAAUCCAUCGAAACAAAUCUUCUAAAAAAUUUGACAACAAUCGCAAGAUUAGAUUGCAAUCUUCAACGACGAAGAUGCUACGAAGGCAGGCUCGAUUGCGUAGAGAGUACCUCUACAGAAAAUCCGUGCAAGAUAAGGUGAAGGGUAUCCAGGAGAAGAAGGACAAGCUGAAGCGUAGCCUGGAGGAGAAUAUUCCGAUUCAUCCGGAUCUGAGGAAGAACGCGCUGCACGUCCAGAGGAAGAUCGAGUGGGAGGAUGCUGGGCCGCAGAUGGCAGUGGCCAUGGGCACCGAAAUGGGCGGCUCCGUGGCCAACCACGAGGACGAUGAGUACCGCUGGGCCGGCGUGGAAGACCCGAAGAUCGUCAUCACGACGUCCCGUGAUCCCAGCUCCCGGCUCAAGAUGUUCGCCAAAGAGCUGCGUCUGAUAUUUCCCAACUCGCAGCGUAUGAAUCGUGGUAAUUAUGAGAUGAAGCAGCUGGUUCACGCCUGUCGCGCCAACGACGUCACGGACUUCAUCAUCGUACACGAGCACCGAGGCGUUCCCGACACCCUCGUGGUAUGUCAUCUGCCGUAUGGGCCAACAGCCUACUUUACACUGUCCGGUGUCAUAAUGCGACACGAUAUACCUGACAUUGGCACCAUGUCAGAGCAGUAUCCACAUCUAAUAUUCCACAAUUUCAAGACGAAACUAGGAGCACGAGUGAUGAACAUUCUGAAGUAUUUGUUCCCUGUGCCGAAAGAAGAUAGUAAAAGAGUCAUUAGUUUUGCUAAUCAUGAUGAUUAUAUAUGUUUCCGACAUCAUACAUAUAAGAAGGUCCAUAGGAAGGAUAUCGAGAUGACAGAAGUUGGACCACGUUUCCAGAUGAAGCUGUAUGAGAUUAAACUAGGAACUCUGGACACUGAAUCAACGGCUGACACGGAAUGGGCCUUGAGGCCUUAUAUGAAUACAAGUCAUAAAAGGAGAUUUUUGUCCAACGAAGAUGGCUGGCAGCAAGAAGAUAGCAUAUAAUUUAAUUGUAUUAAUAUAAAUUAU